GCGAUCCGGAGAGGUCUGCCCGCUUUGGCUCUCACCUAUUUGUUCCUUACGUAGCGCAGAGCCGUGAAUCGGCAGCGUCGCUUUUCUGACCUUUGGUUUUGUUGAUUGAAAACGGGUUUUUUUGCAUUUAAUUCUUCGUUUCUUUUAAAUGACCGGUUGGGUAUUCACCCAGAACAGAUACAGGCAGCGAAGUAACAAGCGCCGUAAAAAUAAUUAAGCAUGGGCAAAGGAGAUCCUAAGAAGCCGAGAGGCAAAAUGUCAUCAUAUGCAUUCUUUGUGCAAACUUGCCGGGAGGAGCACAAGAAGAAGCACCCAGAUGCUUCUGUCAACUUCUCAGAGUUUUCUAAGAAGUGCUCAGAGAGGUGGAAGACCAUGUCUGCUAAAGAGAAAGGAAAGUUUGAAGACAUGGCAAAGGCGGACAAGGCCCGUUAUGAAAGAGAAAUGAAAACUUAUAUCCCUCCUAAAGGGGAGACAAAAAAGAAGUUCAAGGAUCCCAAUGCACCCAAGAGGCCUCCUUCGGCCUUUUUCUUGUUUUGUUCUGAGUAUCGUCCAAAAAUCAAAGGAGAACAUCCUGGCCUAUCCAUUGGUGAUGUUGCAAAGAAACUGGGAGAGAUGUGGAAUAACACUGCUGCAGAUGACAAGCAGCCUUAUGAGAAGAAGGCUGCUAAACUGAAGGAAAAGUACGAAAAGGAUAUUGCUGCAUACCGAGCUAAAGGGAAGCCUGAUGCAGCAAAAAAGGGAGUCGUCAAGGCUGAAAAAAGCAAGAAAAAGAAGGAAGAGGAGGAAGAUGAGGAAGAUGAAGAGGAUGAGGAGGAGGAGGAGGAUGAAGAGGAUGAAGAGGAAGAAGAAGAUGAUGAUGAUGAAUAAGUUGGUUCUAGCGCAGUUUUUUUUUUCUUGUCUAUAAAGCAUUUAACCCCCCUGUACACAACUCACUCCUUUUAAAGAAAAAAAUUGAAAUGUAAGGCUGUGUAAGAUUUGUUUUUAAACUGUACAGUGUCUUUUUUUGUAUAGUUAACACACUACCGAAUGUGUCUUUAGAUAGCCCUGUCCUGGUGGUAUUUUCAAUAGCCACUAACCUUGCCUGGUACAGUAUGGGGGUUGUAAAUUGGCAUGGAAAUUUAAAGCAGGUUCUUGUUGGUGCACAGCACAAAUUAGUUAUAUAUGGGGAUGGUAGUUUUUUCAUCUUCAGUUGUCUCUGAUGCAGCUUAUACGAAAUAAUUGUUGUUCUGUUAACUGAAUACCACUCUGUAAUUGCAAAAAAAAGAAAAGUUGCAGCUGUUUUGUUGACAUUCUGAAUGCUUCUAAGUAAAUACAAUUUUUUUUAUUA